AUACCACAAGUUUAUACAAGGAAGAGUCAUAUUCUGAAUUAGUGAUGUUCCGAAUAAUUACAUAACGGGCUGGUAUCGUAUUUUUCAAAAUGUUCCGAAAAAUAUGUGUAUAUCUGUAAAUCCUAUUAAUUUUUUCAAUUUGUCAUCUGGAUCAAGGGCGGGGCAGCAAGGAAGAACGUGAACUUCAUUCAUUCAACUUCGCACAUGGAUUCCCAGACACAGAAUACGUCGUUGCAGAGACUUCAAAAUGUGGAGAAGAGAAUCGUUAGGGUUUUGGAGCUUGCUGGAGGAGUCAUGGACGAGUUUUCCAACCCCAGCGGUCCCAGAAAGGAGUUCGUCAAUAAUCAUUGCCGCGAGUUCAUGCAAAUGAUCAAGGAUAUCCAAGUGGCAUUAAGGGAAGAAAUCAAGAGUGCAUGUGAUUAUCGUCCAUUUGAAAAGUGUGAUUACAGUUCGAGAAUAGCCAAUGAGAUCUGUUGCAAGAAGCUGGAUUAUCUGGUGUUGCAGUUGGAUCAAAUGAAACAAACCAUUGAUGAUUAUCAUAUUACAAUUUGAAGAUGCAGAGAGGAAAACAAGAAAAGUUUUAGCUUUUAGUUUUUCCUAGAGUAUAAAGAGAUGUAAUGUAGCUUGAACUUUGGGGUAUAAUCCCAAUGAGUCGCUUGCAUGUAUUGUAGCUUAAAAUGAUCUGUCAAUCUGUUCAUGUAAAUUUGAUUCCUAAGAGUUUAUCAUAGCAGUAUUGUUCUUGUUUUAUAUUUUAUCCUUUUCAGACAGUUUUCUUGGUAGUACAAUAAUACACUAUUGUGAAUGGGCAGACAUUGAUUCAAGAUUUAUGAGCACAACCAAUAUACUUGUCAA